AUGGCAGUCUUAUUCCUCCUCCUCCUGAGCCUAUGGGGAACUCCCCGGGCUGCUUCAGACAACAUCCAUGCCAUUUUUGUGGCCUUGGGAGAGGCGAUGGAGCUGCCGUGUCCCUUACCACCCACUCUACACGGGGAUGAACUCCUGUCUUGGUUUCAUAGCCCUGCAACAGGCUCCUUCACCACUUUGGUGGUCCAAGCCCAAGUGGCUAAGCCAAUCCCAGACCCUCGGAAACCUGGAAGAGAAUCCAGGCUCAAGCUGCUGGGGAACUAUUCUCUGUGGCUGGAGGAGUCCAAUGAGGGUGAUGCUGGGAGGUACUGGUGUGCUGUGCUGGGUCAGCACCACAAGUACCAGAACUGGAGGCUAUACGAUGUCUCUGUGCUUAAAGGAUCCCGGUUAUCCGCAAGGGCUGCAGAUGGAUCGCCCUGCUCUGUCCUCCUGUGCUCUGUGGUCCCUAAUAGACGACUGGACUCUGUGAUCUGGCAGGAGGGAAAGGGUCCUGUGAGGGGCCGUGUUCAGUCCUUCUGGGGUGAUGGGGCUGCCCUGCUCUUGUUGUGUCCUGGGGAUGGAUUUCCUGAACCCAGGGGCCGCAGACCAAGAAUAAUCCACUGCCUCAUGCCUCAUAACAAAGGGGUCAGCUUUAGCCUGGCUGCCCCCACGGAUGCCUCUCCAGCCCUCUGUGCCCCUUCCACUGGCUGGGAUGUGCCCUGGAUCCUGAUGCUUUUGCUCAUAGUGGGCCAAGGGAUCAUUGUCCUGGCCCUCAGCAUCGUGCUCUGGAGGCGGAGGGUCCAGAGGCCUUUGGGCAGAGGAAGCCGCAUGCGGUGCUAUGACUGCACUGGAAGCCCUGACAGUUCCUGCAAAGAGACGGUGACCACCUGUGGGGAAGGUGAACGCUGUGGCUUCCUGGAGCGCAAACCUCAACCAGGCCUUGGACAGACCAAGCUAUCUGAGAAUCCCUCAGUGACCUUGAUUCAUCAACAUCCAGCCUGCGUGGCAGCCCAUCAUUGCAAUCAAGUAGAAACAGAAUCUGUCGGAGAUGUGACUUACACAACCCACAGGGACUGCUGCCUUGGAGACCUGUGCAACAGCGCUGUGGCAGGCCACGUGGCCCCUGUGUGCAUCUUGGCUGGAGCAGCUACAGCCCUGGCCUGUGUCUUGCCAGGACUGUGGAGAGGGUAG